CUUGUCUUGAUAAGUUGGCGAUCAAGUACGCAAUGAGAUUUGCUUUCUUUAUCUGCUAAGUAAGAGGAAAAAUGGCAUUUGAAAGAAGUGGAUAUGAAGAUGAAUCUUAUAACGAAACCAAAGAUGAUGACUUGAGUCCAAUAUUACAGAAAGACACUAUAGAAGUCGAACCUCCAGAUCGAUUUUCUUUUAUUUACAUAAUAUUUGUUAUUCAGGGCAUUGGAAUGCUUUUACCCUGGAACUUUUUUAUUACAGCCACUGAAUAUUUUAACUAUAAAUUUGAUGAUAAUGAUUCUAUUAAAAGAAAUUUCGAAAAAGCAUUUGCCCUCGGAUCAAUGUUGCCAUCCUUAAUUAGUUUGACUUUCAAUAUAUUUUUGACUAGAAGACUCUCUCGCACUUGUCGAAUAUCUUCAUGUUUGUCAGUCAUGUUUUCAAUGUUUCUUAUAACAACUAUUCUUGUUAAAAUAAAUACAACCAAGUGGACUGAAAGCUUUUUUGCAGUUACUAUCAUUUGUGUAGUUGUCAUGAAUUUAGCUGCUGGAAUUUAUCAAGGAACUCUGUUUGGACUUGCAGGGCUAACUGGUUUUAAAUACACGCAAGCAAUUAUGACUGGUCAAGGUGUUGCUGGUAUUUUUGCAGCAACAACAGAUCUAGUAUUCAAGUUGGCUAACCCAAAUCCUGUUGAUAAGACUUCAAGUGCAUUAGGGUAUUUUGUUACUGCUUCUGUUGUCAUUUUGAUCACAGCAGUUACAUAUUCUGUUUUAUUUAAGCUUCCGAAAAUGAAGUUUCAUUUAAGCUGUUCAAAUUUAAGGGUAAAAAACGAAAUCGCAAGUGAAUAUAGUAUAAAUGGUACAUCACAUGGUAUAAAUGAGAUACCAUACUGGAUUAUUUUCAAACAAAUAUUGCCUUUGGCUAUUUCCGUAAGUGUUGUGUUUUGUGUAACUCUAUCUUUAUUCCCUGCUGUUGUCUCAAGAAUUGUAUCUGUAGAUAAAUCAAAGACUUCAAGAUUCACAAAUGAUUUGUUUUCAACAUUUGUUUGCUUUUUUAUUUUUAAUUGUGGUGAUUUAGCAGGUCGCAUUGCAGCUGGUUCAUAUCAAAUUGUGGCUGAGAGAGGACCCUGGCUUCCCAUAUUAUGUUUCUCUCGUAUAUUGUUUAUUCCAUUAUUUUUGAUGUGUCACUUCGAAAAUGGUAGUCCUUUAACGUAUAUUUUUAAAAAUGACUAUUGGCCUAUUAUAAUAAAUUCUUUAUUUGCUUUAUCAAAUGGAUACCUGGGAAGCCUGUGUAUGAUGUUCGGACCUAAGCUAGUAUCUGCUGAAUAUUCAGAAACAGCUGGGACAAUGAUGUCCUUUUUUUUGACAGCAGGACUUACUGCGGGUGCUUGUUUGUCAUUUGCUUAUAAUGUUUAACUGCUUUGAAUGUUGCAGAUGCUUUCUUUUUUGUUUUACUGCUUUGAAUGUUGCAGAUGCUUUCUGUUAAUAAAAAUGUUAGAAUAUGUUAUUUGUAAUUUAGAAUUAUAAUUUGAAGUCGAGUAUGUAAUAUAUUAUAAAAGAAGAAUAAUUCAUUUUUAUACUUUCA